AUUUAAAGUAAUUAUACCUUUUUUAGUGGAUUCCUUGCGCAAGGCAGGUUUUUUUUUCUCCACAUAUUAAAUUGUGGUGAUACUAUAUAAAAAUCGUUAUUUACUUGAAUUGGAAAAGGAUAAAAUUUGUAGUUAAUUUCUCAAUGAAAUAAUGACUCUUGGUUCGUCAGUUUCACGCGUAAGUCAGCACGCGUCCUCCGAAACGAUCGAAAGUGACAUGAUCAACGCGUUUCGUGAAAGAAAGAGACACGAUCAGGACGAAGAGGUCGAUGCUGCUGUCAAAAAGUGAAAGGUUGCCUCGAUCCUCACGCAAUCUAAAUUCCCUUUAGUUACAAACUGAUCUCUUCCCCUUGAAGAUCAUAUACCACCGUGGCCCAUCGACGAGAGUAACAGUGGUCAUUUUUUUUAAAUAUAUUCUAAUUUGUCCAUGUAACGCAAUAGUACCUUCAAAAAAUUCAAACAAAGAAAAUUAAAAACAAAAAAUAUAGACAAAAAUAAAAAAGGAGAAAAAAAUAAUUUUUUUCAAACUAUUAAAAAGAUGAACCAAAAACAAUUUUCCAAAAAAAAAUUUUAAAUAAUUGUGCAAAUGUGUGAAAGUUAGUGUGACAUUGAUGAGAGUGAAAUUAGGAAUUUUUAAUUAAUCAAAGAAGAUUUGCAGACUUUUUUUUUCUCAAGUCUUCAUAUAAAAUGUUGAAUUUAUAAUAGAAAUUAAAUUAAUUUUUUAAUUUUAAUAAAAUUGAAAAUCGAAAAAUCAAUGUACAAAUGGCUUGUAACGAUGAUAAAGUGGCUGCAGAAUGUGCAGAAGGGACGAAGAAAAACUGUAUGAUAAAGAUGAGUUCAAUGGAAGAAGAGUGUAUGAUUGAAAGAAGAAGAAUUGCAACUCUUAAAGAAAUCUCCAAUGUUCUUCAAAAUGAACAAACUCCCAGAUAUAAUAGAGAGACUUUUAAAAAGCUCUUUCAAGAAGAGAUAUUUUUGGGAAAAUUAUUCACCCUUUUUGAUCAAAAUCAAGAUGAACAACUGAAUCAAGAUGAAUGGAUUCAUUUCCUAAAAAGAAGACUUACAAAUGAUAAACAAAAUGAGAUGGUCGAUCAAAUUGAAAGUGUCGCAUAUGCAUUAAUUGGAGAUAGGCCUGUAACUCCCACGGCUUUUUGUCAAAUAUUUCAAACAAAAGGGGUGGUCGACAAAUUAUUUCGACUGAUCGAUCAAGAAAAUAUUGGCAAUGUAACGAUACAACAAAUUAUGGAAUUACUUUCAAAUGUUAGCAGUACGAGUUCACCUCUUUGCAUUGAUCCGAGGAAUCUUGUUUGGUUGGAAACUUUAUUCAAAGAAACUGUUGGCCAUGAACGAGAAAUUCGUCGAGAAGAAUUUAAAAAAAUUAUGGUGUCUAAAAAUCCAUUCUUCACGGAAAGGGUCUUUCAAAUUUUUGAUACCGAUAAUUCUGGUUCGAUAUCCUUACAAGAAUUUCUUGAUGCGAUAAACCAGUUCGCCGGAAAAACGCCAGAUGACAAAAUCAGAUUUCUAUUUAAGGUGUAUGACAUCGAUGGGGACGGUCUGAUUCAGCUUCGAGAAUUGGAGGAUGUCAUGAGAGCUUGCAUGGAAGAAAAUGGAAUGAAAUUUAGUGAUGAACAAAUUACAGACUUGACUAUGGCACUAUUUGAAGAUUCUGAUCAAGGAAAUCGCGGUGCAAUUACAUUUGAAGCAUUAAAAAUGCAACUUGAAAAACAUGAUGGACUUCUGGAAAAUCUAUCCAUUAGCAUAGACAGAUGGAUGGUGCCUCCAAAACCAGAGCCAAAGAGAAAAUCCUUUUUAGCAUUUCUAUUAUCUUUACGUCCAUAUCAAUUGACAAAACCUUACAUCAAAAAUAAUUAUGUAUACAUUGCAUUUCUGUCACUUUUUAUAUUGAUAAAUUCUAUUUUAUUUUUCUCGAAACUUGUUGAAUAUAAGGAUAAAAAUGGUUUUGUUAUGUUUGCCCGAGCUUGCGGUCAAUGUUUGAAUUUUAAUUUUACAUUUAGUUUAAUUUUAAUGCUCCGACAAUCCAUUACAUUUCUACGAACACAUGGAUUCAAUUCAAUACUUCCAUUGGAUCAUCAUAUAUAUCUCCAUAAAGUAACUGGAAUAUUUAUUGUGAUUUUUAGCUUUAUUCAUGCUUUAAUGCAUAUUCUUAAUUAUGGUAUAAUGGUGGUAAAUGAUGAGCAAUUAAACAGUUCCAAUUAUACAAUGACAGAAUGGCUUUUAACAACUCGACCGAAAUUAUAUGGGCUGAUACCAGGAGCAGCAAAUCCAACUGGUUUAAUUAUACUUGUUCUUUUAAUUAUUUUAGCUGUUUGCUCAAUGCCUUUUGUUAGAAGAGGAGGUUGUUUUGAGAUAUUUUACUGGACACAUUUAUUGUACAUACCUAUAUGGUUUUUGACAAUUUUCCAUGCGCCGAAUUUUUGGAAAUGGAUGUUUAUUCCAGGUGCCAUUUAUCUUAUGGAAAGAAUUCAUCGUUUUAUGUGGUUGCGAUCUCAACGUGGUAGAACGUACAUUAGCUCUGGUCUUCUUUUACCUUCAAAAGUCACUCACCUAGUCAUUAAAAGACCACCUCAUCUUGAUUUUCAUCCUGGAGAUUAUGUUUUUGUUAAUAUUCCUGUGAUUGCAAAAUAUGAAUGGCAUCCAUUCACUAUUAGCAGUGCACCAGAGCAAGAAGAUUACAUGUGGCUUCAUAUUAGAGCAGUGGGCGAAUGGACAAGUAGAUUGUAUUCUUAUUUUGAAAGAGAACAAUUCAAACUACAUCGAGGAGGUGUUAUACCUGAUGGAUGCAAUAAUGGAAGAAAACUUUCCUAUCAAAAUGUUAUGACAAAAAGAGCGGCUCUUAGCGAUAAGCAAUUUUCUCUAGAUUCAUUAGAUGAUUCUCGAGGACAUGAUAAUCCAAUUUUUACAACGGAUGAAAGUAAAACAUCAAAUUCAAUAAUUAAUUCGCCUGUAACGUUAUCUUCAUCAACAGAAAGCACUUUGGAGAAAACGUCACGUGAGCGAAAAUUGCAUCAAUUGAUGCAUAUCAAUAAAAUGCCCCUUGAAAAAUCACAUUCUGUGCCUGAUAUGCAAAUCAAGAUCAAGAAACGAGCACGACUUAUGGCACUUCGCGAUUAUAUGAGAUCUGAAUCGGAGAAAAGUUUCGACGAAUGUAAAAUUCGUCGAGCACGACUCAAAUCAUUGGGUAUAGCCUAUUCGAGUCCACAAAAUAAAUCACUUGCACAAAGUUUUCGUUAUAUGAGAACAAAACCAACAAUAAUUGCAUUUAAAACACCAAGUUUGGAAAGUUGUGAUGACGAUGACAAUUUCCUUGUAAAUGAAUCUUCCCCUAAUGCCCAGUCAAAUGAAGGAAUUAUCAAUUCCAAAGAAAUACCGGAAAUAGCUGCAGAAGAAGGUCGAGUUGCAAAAUCUCCGGAUAAAGAAAUUAGACGAAAAACAUUGCAGGAUAUAAAUUAUGAAGAAUUAGCUUGUCAAUCAUCUAUUACUUAUCCUGUUGGAAAACCACUUGAUAUAUACCUUGAUGGUCCAUAUGGAGCACCUUCCAGUCAUAUAUUCCAGGCACAGCAUGCGGUGUUGAUAGGAGCCGGUAUUGGCGUCACUCCAUUCGCUUCAAUUCUUCAAUCAAUUAUGCAUAGAUACUGGAAAGUCAGGCACACGUGUCCAAAAUGCUCCUUUUCCUGGGCCAACGAAAUACCGCCUACGGUCAUGCACCUGCGAAAGGUGGAUUUCUUUUGGAUAAAUCGAGAUCAACGAUCGUUUGAAUGGUUUGUUAACUUGCUCUCACAACUUGAAAUAGAGCAAGCCGAACUUGGAGCUACUAUGGAACGAUUCCUUGAAAUGCACAUGUACAUUACAAGUGCAUUACAGAAAAAUGAUAUGAAAGCAAUUGGUCUUCAACUUGCCAUGGAUCUUUUACAUGAAAAAGAAAAAAGGGAUCUCAUUACUGGAUUGAAGACUAGGACCAAUGCGGGGCGUCCAAACUGGGACAAGGUCUUCAAACAGCUCCAGGAACGAAAAAAAGGAAAGGUGACGGUAUUUUAUUGUGGUCCACCGCAGCUAGCAAGAAUGUUGAGGUACAAGUGUGAUCAAUUUGGUUUUAGUUUUCGAAAAGAAUCCUUCUAAGAGAAACAUAAAACCGCUAUAAAAAUUAAAGCAAAAAAAUAUUCUGUAAUUUUCUGAUAAGUUGUUAAUUCUAUAAACAUUAAUAUCAUCCAUGAAAAUAUAACAAAAAUCAAUAUCGUAAAUUAACAAACUCUUGUUACCAAAUUUUCACACCUAAUCAAAAAUAAAAUUUAAUUAAGAUUACAUAUUUUCAAUUAUAUAGAUGUAGGGAUUUUUUUUUUUUUACUUUUAAACUUAAACUAUUUCUCAAUUAAAAUAUUUUUUAAUAUUAAUUGUA